AUGUCGGACGUGUUUGUGUUGGGAAUGGGUUGUUUGCUGGGUGCCGCCAGCCUGACCUUGUUUUACUACGCCGACCGCGCAAACAAGGAUGCUCAGUUUCUUACCUCUGCCACAAGGCUCACCCUCAACCAAUUGGCCAAACUAUAUGAGGAGGACAAUAAUGAAGAUAGAGCAGCCGAAGCUGGGAUAGUUGCUGUAUCGGGAAGAGUUGGAUCCUCACAGCCGAUGGGUUGCAAGUUAAGCGGCCUGCAAGGGGUUCUGAUGGAGGAGAAGGUGGAACUGGUGUUUAAAAGGAAGAAUCCUGAGGAUGGGUCUUGGAUUCCAGACUCAACCUUGAUGCGAUCCACCACUAGGAAAGAGGUGUCAUGGUUCCUGGAUGACGGAAGUGGUGCGGUUGUGUACGUUGGCGGCGCCCGUGGUUUCAGUUUUCCAGUGGAAAGGGAAGCCUUUCACAAGUAUCCGCCCACACGCUCUGCUCAUCAGUUUAUCAAGAUGAUCGGAGUGAAGCGAACAGUGAGGCUACUCCCAACUGGCACCUCAUUAACUGUAGUCGGCAAGGCCGUGAAAGAUGAACAUGGGAGGAUCUGGAUUCAGCCUUCAUCAGGCCGCUUUUAUGUAUUUCCAAUCACCAUUGAUCAACUCAUUGCCUACCUGCGACAGAGUGGAAGGCUGUUCAAGAAGCUUGCUCAAUUCUUGAUGCUGUCUGUUGGUCUUGUGCUUGUCUUGGGGAGCAUAACCGCAGAGACAAAACACGAUCCACAGACUCACACCACCGCAGAGGCAAAACACGAUCCACAGACUCACACCACCACCGCAGAGACAAAACAUGGUCCAGAGACUCACACCACCGCAGAGACUAACCUUUACGCAGUUCCAUCAAACCCUAACCUUUAUGCGGUGCCUUCCAAUCCUAGCCUCUAUGCAGUGCCAUCAAACCCCAAUCUUUAUGCAGUGCCUUCCAAUCCUAACCUUUUUGCAGUGCCUUCAAACCCUAAUCUUUAUGCAGUGCCCAAGGCACAAUUCAGGACAAUGAUUAGUUAG